AUGGCAAAAACCACCCGUCCAGUUCCACUGGAUAGGAUAAUCAGAAGAAAUGUGAGAUACUGUGGAAAACAAUUAGAGUAUGCUCUAUUCCCAGUUCUCACAAGAGAAGUUGUGUUCUUUUUGACGUUAUGGACAGUUUUGGAUGCAAUCAACAUGAAUUUCAUGAAUUUCGCACCGAAAAUUGCAGAGACUAUCGUAUACGGAUUGUUGGGGAAAUCCCUUCUCGCUCAAACUUUCUACUCUCUUCUUAUCGGAACUAUCACUGCUCUUACUGUAACUACAGUAAUCCGUUGCUCUCUGACUCUUAUGCUCUACUACAAUGGAUGGCUAUUCGAGGAAAUUGGAAAGGAGCCAAGUUUGGCUACCAAAAUCUUCAUGGUCACUCUUGGAUUCAUUUCGAAAAGAGCCACUUUCUUUGCUUAUCAAGGGAUUCUUCCAUGGUUGAUGCCACCGAAAGUUGAGGAUACAAUCGAAAAAUAUUUGUUGACAAUGAAGCCAAUUCUAUCGGAAAAAGAGCAUUUGGAGAUGUCAGAACAAGCUGAGGAAUUCAAGAGAACUGUUGCUUCGGGACUUCAGAAUAAGCUUUGGAUGAAAUGGGCAAUGUCGAAGAAUUAUCUCUCCGACUGGUGGAAAGAGGUCGUUUACAUGCGUUACCGUGACUCUCUAAUCCGUACAAAUGUCGGUUGUGCUGACGUCAUCUACCAGAAGACCACAUCAAUUCAAGCCGCCCGUGCCGCUUACGUCACUUUGAACCGUCAACAUUUCUGUAAUGAUAUCUUCAAAACAGAGAAGAUGAAGCCAGUUUCACUCGGAGGAAUCCCACUUUGUGCUCAACAGUAUGCUGAAUACUACCGUACUCUCAGAAUUCCAUCGGAGACCAGUGACAAGAUGAUUCGACUUCCCGAUGCUAAGCACAUUGCAGUUUAUCAUAAGGGAUGCUGGUAUAAAAUUGAUAUUUUCCAUGGAAAACGAAUGAUUAAACCGUCGGAGUUGGAGAAGAGUUUCCAAAUGAUUCUUGAUUCGAAAGAUCACAAAUCUCAAUCCGGAGAGAAAUAUUUGUCUGCACUGACAAUUGGACCAAGAGAUUUGUGGGCUAAAAUCAGAAAUGAGAAGUUCUCGAAGGGCGGAGUCAAUCAAGAAUCACUGACUUUUAUUGAGAAUUCUUUGGAAAUUGUAUUUUUGGAUGAAGAAGAGAGAUUUUUCGAUGAGAACGACUCGACAAAGUAUGGAAGAGAAUACGCGAGAGCUCUUCAUGGAGAUGGAUAUAUGCUGUGGUGUGACAAGCCAAGUGUUUAUAUUUUCAGUAAAAAUGGAAGAUUCUCCUCGAACGCGGAACACUCUCCAUGCGACGCCAUGAUCUAUGUUCAGGUCCGUGAAUACAUCAAAUAUCACGAGGAAUUUGAGCAUCCAUAUGGACCAGACGGUCAUUGUAUUGGUCCGAUUGAACAUGUUCCACAACCAGAAAGACUCUGUUGGGAUAUGGAUAAGGAGACUCUUGAGGCUAUUGAUGAAGCAUACAAAUCAUCGAAACACGUGGCAGAUGACUUCAGUAACUCGAAUAUUGUCUUCACAGAAUACGGAAAAGAUUUCAUGAAAAAGGCGAGAGUCUCACCAGAUGCAUACAUUCAAAUGGCACUUCAAAUGGCAUAUUACAAGGAUCAAGGGAAGUUCGAGCAGACUUACGAGCCGGCAGUUAUGAGACUAUUCAAGGAGGGAAGAACUGAAACUGUGAGAUCUUGUAGUGUUUGGUCAUGUGACUUCGUCAGAACAAUGCUGAAAAAAGAGGUGGAUUCGAAGAAGAAAUUGGAGAAACUGAAGGAGGCUUGUGAUCAUCAUCAAGAUUAUUAUAGAACUGCUAUGGCCGGAAAAGGAGUUGAUCGUCAUCUCUUCGCUCUCUACGUCGUCGCCCGUUACCUCGAAAUCAAAGUUCCGUUCUUGGACAAUGUCUUCAAGAGGAAUUGGUCCCUUUCAACAAGUCAAACCCCUCAACAUCAAAUGGUUGAAUACGCAAAAGCACUGAACAAAGAGCCAGCUUUGUUCUGGCCAGCUGGUGGAUUCGCUUGUCCGGAUGGAUCGAAUUAUGGAGUCUGUUACACUAUUGGAACUACUGGAGACCGUAUGAGUUUCCAUGUUACCACAUGGAAUUCCAUGAAGAACACGAAUGCUGAUCGAUUCUUGAACCAUAUUCUCGAGAGUUUGAGAGAAAUCAGACAAGUUGUUGAGGAGGCAACAUCGAAGAAGACGUGA